AUGUUGUUGCGAUUCGAGUCAAAAUGGGGGCAAUUUCGAUUGAACGUGGAGCCGACCGAUCACUUUUCGUCGUUAACGAGCCAGAUACUUGAUCAUCUACCCCCGGAUACCGACGCUGCCACGAUUGUCCUGAGUAACAAACCCGUCAGUUCGACACCAGACCCUGAGCGAGAGCGACGCUUGGCCGAUUUACCAGGCGUGGAAUUGCGGCAAGUCGGGCUCAAGCACGGUGACAAGCUAUAUAUUGGGUAUCAAGAGUCUCCAAAUCUAGCUAAUGGCCACACCAACGGCGAAGCCGCCACGAGUACGACCGCGCGACGACUGAACGGCACAAUAGCCCUACCCGAGCCCGACGAGCCCAUCCUCGCCCCCUCAGUCACAUCUCCCACCCUCGUACGAAACCCAUGGGAAGUGGUCAAGCAGUCCGCCCUCGAUGAUCGAUUAGACAAGCAAGACGGAAAGAUAUCGCGACCAAGAGAUCCCAAAAUGUGUCGGCAUGGCCCCAAAGGCAUGUGCGACUAUUGCCAGCCGUUGGAGCCUUACGACAAGAAAUACCUUGACGAGAGGAAAAUCAAACAUCUAUCUUUCCACAGUUACCUACGCAAGAUCAAUUCAGCCACGAACAAGCCCGAACUGAAAAGCUCAUACAUGCCACCAUUGACGGAACCAUACUACAGAGUGAAGAAAGACUGCCCUUCUGGUCAUCCUCCAUGGCCCGAAGGCAUCUGUACAAAGUGUCAGCCGAGUGCAAUCACUCUACAGCCGCAAGAGUUUCGGAUGGUAGAUCAUGUCGAGUUCGCCUCGGCCGAUAUGGUUGAUCGGCUGAUCGACUUCUGGAGAAAGUCUGGUUGUCAGCGGCUGGGAUAUCUGUAUGGCAGAUAUGAUGAAUACGCCGAGGUUCCACUGGGUGUCAGGGCCAUUGUCGAAGCGAUUUAUGAGCCCCCUCAGAUGUCCGAAGUCGAUGGGCUGACAUUAUUAGAGUGGCCGAACGAAAAAGAGGUUGAUGAGGUUGCAAGAAUGUGUGGUCUCGAACGGGUGGGGGUUAUCUUCACCGAUCUGAUGACUCCAGAAGAUGGCGAAGGUCAAGCCGUGUGUAAGAGACACGUCGACUCGUAUUUUCUCGCGUCGCUCGAGAUUGCAUUCGCUGCACGCCUUCAAGCACAGUACCCAAAGCCUUCUAAGUGGAGCGAGACUGGAAGGUUCGGAUCUAAUUUUGUGACAUGCGUAGUCACCGGCGAUCAGGACGAGACCAUCACAAUCAAUGCUUACCAAGCGUCGAAUGCUGCAGUCGAAAUGGUGAGGGCGGACAUUGUCGAGCCUUCAGCCGAUCCAUCCGUCAUGCUGGUACAGUCUGAGGACGAUGAAGGGGCUGGUUCUCAGUCACGAUAUAUCCCCGAAGUAUUCUAUCGGCGCAUCAAUGAAUACGGUGCAAAUGUCCAGGAGAACGCAAAGCCCAGUUUCCCGGUGGAAUACCUGCUUGUCUCGCUCACGGCAGGUAUGCCCAUCCAGCCCACCCCAUUGUUCAAGAACAGUCGAUUCCCGAUAGAAAAUCGAGAAGCCGUCGCGGAAGGCCAAAAUCCCCGAGACGUCGCUAAGCAGCUUCGAUCGUCGCAAUCUGUGGACGCCGUGUCCGAUUUCCAUCUUCUAUGCUUCAUUCAUGGCAUGGGAGUGUUCAGCAAGGACGAAGAACGAUUGCUCUGCAAGGUUGCAACCAAGCGUGACCAGAUUGAUGCAAUUCAUUUGACAGACUCGUCUGGAUGGGGAACCCUGAUGGCGAUUCUCGAAACAUAUGGUGAGCGGCCCUUGAAACGUCCAUGGACAUUGGAACCGCAAGAGGACGAUGGCGAAGCUGGCAGCCCAUCAGAGAUUCUGGCUAAGCGAUUCAAACAGGCGGCUAGCCUCGAGCGCUAG